AUGGCUAACAGUGGUGGAGAAGGGAGUGGAAAGAAUUCAGGAUUUCCUCAUGUUGUCCUCAAUGAAAGAAUCCUUUCUUCAAUGUCACGGAGAUCGGUUGCUGCUCAUCCCUGGCAUGACUUAGAAAUUGGACCUGGUGCGCCAGCAGUUUUCAACGCUGUUGUUGAAAUUAGCAAAGGCAGCAAGGUUAAGUACGAGCUCGACAAGACAACUGGCCUCAUAAAAGUUGAUCGUGUUCUUUACUCAUCAGUUGUUUAUCCACACAACUAUGGUUUCAUUCCCCGAACCAUCUGUGAGGAUAGCGAUCCUAUGGAUGUACUGGUACUGAUGCAGGAGCCCGUCUUACCUGGUUCUUUUCUUCGUGCUCGUGCUAUCGGAUUAAUGCCCAUGAUUGAUCAAGGUGAAAAGGAUGACAAAAUUAUUGCAGUAUGUGCUGAUGACCCUGAGUUCCGCUACACCAAGGACAUCAAGGAUCUUCCUCCCCAUCGCCUUGCAGAAAUUCGUCGAUUCUUUGAGGACUACAAGAAGAAUGAGAACAAGGAAGUGGCUGUUGAAGACUUUCUACCUGCUGAGGCUGCCAUCGAUGCCAUCAAAUACUCCAUGGACCUGUAUGCAUCUUACAUUGUGGAAAGCUUGAGGCAACUUGUAUGUGUUGAUGCUGUUUGGAGUAGUUUCCAAGUAUUGGCUUCCUCGGUAGCGAGGAGAAUGUACUAUCGAAAUGCAACAACAGCGAGCGCUCUCGUCCUCAUCGAUGCUUUUGCUUCAACGCCCACAGCUGAGAGCCUGAGACUGCCCAAACACACUCCUCCACCUACAUCUCAGCCCCCUAAACCCUCACACUACUCACAAAAUCUCAAAUCUCUGACGAAGAUGGGGACCCUGGGCAGAGCAAUCUACACCGUCGGGUUCUGGAUCCGCGAGACCGGCCAGGCCAUUGAUCGCCUCGGUUCCCGCCUCCAGGGCAACUACUACUUCCAAGAGCAACUGUCUCGGCAUCGGACGCUGAUGAACGUGUUUGACAAAGCUCCGGUGGUUGAUAAGGACGCGUUUGUGGCGCCCAGUGCGUCCAUCGUAGGCCAAGUUCAGGUGGGACAAGGUUCCUCCAUUUGGUACGGUUGUGUUUUGAGAGGUGAUGUUAACAGCAUCAGCAUUGGGUCUGGGACCAACAUACAAGAUAAUUCCCUUGUUCAUGUAGCAAAGUCUAACUUGAGUGGCAAGGUUUUGCCCACUGUAAUUGGAGAUAAUGUCACUGUAGGUCACAGUGCUGUCUUGCAUGGAUGUACUGUAGAGGAUGAGGCAUUUGUUGGCAUGGCUGCAACCUUGCUUGAUGGGGUUUAUGUUGAGAAACAUGCCAUGGUUGCUGCUGGAGCCCUUGUAAGGCAGAAUACAAGGAUUCCCUGUGGAGAGGUAUGGGGAGGGAAUCCAGCAAAGUUCCUGAGGAAGCUGACAGAAGAAGAGAUGGCCUUCAUCUCCCAGUCAGCCAUAAAUUAUUCCAACUUGGCUCAGGCUCAUGCAGCUGAAAAUGCAAAGAGCCUUGAUGAGAUAGAGUUUGAGAAGGUGCUGCGAAAGAAGUUUGCACGCCGUGAUGAGGAAUAUGACUCUAUGUUGGGUGUUGUUCGUGAAACACCAGCAGAGAUUACUCUUCCUGACAACGUACUGCCAGGCAAAGUACCAAAGACUGCUUAA